AUUUAAGUUUUUUUUUUCAUUUCACAUAUCGUAGAAAUUGUAUUCUUUACUUUUUUAUUCAGGAAACAUUUCAGAGAUGUCUCAGCCAGAGUUUACUGAAGAGAUAGUGUCUGCUAAAGAGGCAGAAAACAAUGCGCGUCGUGAAAGACUAAUGCGACGCUCAAGCAACAUGGCGAAUAUUAUGGAUCCACCACCUAAUUUCCCACCGGAAUGCUGCUGUAUAAAACCUUUAAUAUACCACAACAUUAAGCUUCAGAUACCUGUUCCCUACCAACGUUUCAUGUACACAAUAUGUGGUUUGUAUAUUUCUCUGAUUGGUCUCAUUUUGUACAAUAUUGUGGCAUCAACCGUGGUCUUAAUCUAUGGUGGCAGUAUGAUGCACUUUGGAUUAUCUUGGGUAUACCUAGUUGGCUUACCUGGAGGAUGGGUAGUGUGGUAUUAUAAUACUUACUUGGUUUUCACAGAAGCUUCAUCCGUUCGUCGAAUAGCUGCCAUUGUCGGACUUCUGGUCGGUGCAGUUUACGAUGCGUGGAUGGCAAUUGGCCUCACUGGGUUUGGUGGAUGCGGAUGGGUUAUUACGAUUUUUAGCAUACACUCCACGAUACCAUUCAUUUUCUUGUUAGUUUCAGCAAUCCUAUGGACAUUACACGCAGUGACCUUUUUUAUCAUGUUUUUUCGGUUUAUCAAGAUCUCUUCUAAUAUUGAACAGGAUAGACGGAACAUAUACCGAGAUAUUUAGGUGUAGCAUUAAAUUUUAAAAUAACUCUAAUGAUCUUUUGUUGAAAUUAGUAUUCAAUACCACGAUAUUUCGAUUAUUACUAUCGUGUGCAUGGUUGCUAUUUCUCAUAGCUUUAUAAAGAAAAAUAAUGUUAGAUAGUUUUGUUUGCGCUUUUUUCCUUGACAUGUUCAAUGUCGUCAUAUUUUUUUUGUUAUUUAUAUUUUACUGUACUUUCGGUGAUUAAUAGAAAU